AUGGGCGCGUGCAAAAGCUGGAAGAUGCUGGAGCUGUAUCACAUGUCCACCUGCCCAUACUGCCGGAGCGUCCGUCUCCUGGCAAAGGACAUCGGCGUUGAGUUCCAGCUCAAGGAUAUCAUCACCUUCAAGGGCGAACAUCUCACGCCCGAAUACCUCAAGGUGAACCCGCAGCACACAGUACCGACCCUGGCCGAAGGGGACUGCCGAGCAAUCAUGCGUUACCUGAUGGGGAAAUUCUGCCCCGAUUCCCCGUUGUAUCCGAAGGACUUGAAGGUCCGAGCCAUGGUCGACCAUCGAUUGGACUUCGAUAUCGGGACCCUCAGUUCCCGGUUCGGUCAGCUGGUGCUGCCGGUACUGUACAAGGGGGCGAAGUCCAUGGACCCCGAGAAAAAGAAGUCCUUCGAAGAGGCCCUGCAGUGGUUGGACUCCUUCAUCGAGUCCUCGGGAGGAUGCUGCGCCGCGGAUCACCUCACCAUCGCCGAUUAUGCCAUCUUCACCGUGGUGGACAACGUCGAGGCCAUGGAGGUGGUGGACCUGUCGGCUUUCGAGAACAUCGUGAAAUGGAUGAAGAAAUGCAGGGCGGAGAUGAAGGGAUACGAGGAGAUCGAGGAGAAGCUCCUGCCGGAGAUCAAGGAACGAUUCCUCUCCAAACUCGGCUGAAGCGACCGAUUCACAUCCCCGAAUGUAUCAGAUUAUAUUAUUAAAAGAUGAGAUGGAAAAA